GCUGCAACAGCGAAAUGGCGGAGACAGUGGCAGACACCCGGCGGCUGAUCACCAAGCCGCAGAACCUGAAUGACGCCUACGGGCCGCCCAGCAACUUCCUCGAGAUCGAUGUGAGCAACCCCCAAACCGUGGGGGUUGGCAGGGGCCGCUUCACCACCUACGAAAUCAGGGUCAAGACAAAUCUUCCUAUUUUUAAGCUGAAGGAAUCUACAGUUAGAAGACGAUACAGUGACUUUGAAUGGCUUCGAAGUGAGUUAGAAAGAGAAAGCAAGGUUGUAGUUCCCCCGCUCCCUGGAAAAGCGUUUUUGCGUCAACUUCCUUUUAGAGGAGAUGAUGGAAUCUUUGAUGACAGUUUUAUUGAGGAAAGAAAGCAAGGGCUGGAGCAGUUUAUAAACAAGGUCGCUGGUCAUCCCCUGGCACAGAAUGAACGUUGUCUCCACAUGUUUUUACAGGAUGAAAUAAUAGAUAAAAGUUAUACUCCAUCCAAAAUAAGACAUGCCUGAAAUUUGGCAAGAAGGAAGCAAAAACAAACAAACAAACAAACUUUCCAUGACUAGUAAUGCUAUGUAUGCACCGGUGAAGAAGUUCUAACUAACUUUUAGCAUGCUGCACAUCAGCUGGUAUGACAUGCCUUCAGUAUACUAACACUCAUUAUGAUGCUCACUUUUGUUUGUUUUGGCA